AUGCCGGAUUUUAAAGUACUUGAUCGUCUUCGCUUGAAAUAUUGGCACAAUUUGAUCCCUUGUCAAAUCCUUCACAGUCAAGAUCCUUUGUAG